GUGGCUCGGCGGACCGGGGCCUUUUGUUUGGAGCGGCUGCGGGGGGGCCCCGGAGCGGCGAGGCCGGCGGCCUUCCCCAGCUCGCUCGGUCCCGGCCGCCCCUCCCGGGGGUGGGGGGGCCGCUCCCUGGGCCGGGCGUCGCCUAAGGCGCCGCCGCCCCGCCCUAGGCCCGCCCCGCCCGGCCUGAGGGAAGGGGAGGAACCGGCCCGGCCUUACCGCGCGGCCCAGCCAGCUCCGGAGUCGCCGCCACUGCUCUCCGUGCUGCGGUCCCGAGGCUGCCCUUCGCCCCUCAGGCCGACGCCAUGAAGAUCAAGGAUGCCAAGAAACCCUCUUUCCCGUGGUUUGGCAUGGACAUUGGGGGAACUCUGGUAAAGCUCUCUUAUUUUGAACCUAUCGAUAUCACAGCAGAGGAAGAACAAGAAGAAGUUGAGAGCUUAAAAAGUAUUCGGAAAUAUCUGACGUCCAAUGUAGCAUAUGGAUCCACUGGCAUUCGGGAUGUACACCUUGAACUGAAGGAUUUAACACUUUUUGGCCGAAGAGGAAACUUGCACUUUAUCAGAUUUCCAACCCAGGACCUGCCUACUUUUAUCCAAAUGGGAAGAGAUAAAAACUUCUCAACAUUACAGACGGUGCUGUGUGCUACAGGAGGCGGUGCUUACAAGUUUGAAAAAGAUUUUCGCACGAUUGGAAACCUCCACCUGCACAAACUGGAUGAACUUGACUGCCUUGUAAAGGGCUUGCUGUAUAUAGAUUCUGUCAGUUUCAAUGGACAAGCAGAGUGCUAUUAUUUUGCUAAUGCCUCAGAACCUGAGCGAUGCCAAAAGAUGCCUUUUAAUCUGGAUGAUCCCUAUCCACUGUUAGUAGUGAACAUUGGCUCAGGAGUCAGUAUUUUAGCAGUCCAUUCCAAAGACAACUAUAAACGAGUGACUGGGACAAGCCUUGGAGGGGGUACCUUUCUGGGUUUAUGCAGUUUAUUGACUGGCUGUGAAAGUUUUGAAGAGGCUCUUGAAAUGGCAUCCAAAGGAGAUAGUACCCAAGCUGACAAGCUGGUUCGUGAUAUAUAUGGAGGAGAUUAUGAAAGAUUUGGCCUGCCAGGUUGGGCUGUAGCAUCUAGUUUUGGGAAUAUGAUUUAUAAGGAGAAGCGAGAAUCUGUUAGUAAAGAAGAUCUGGCAAGAGCUACUUUAGUUACUAUAACCAAUAACAUUGGUUCUGUGGCACGAAUGUGUGCUGUUAAUGAGAAAAUAAACAGAGUUGUCUUUGUUGGAAACUUUUUACGUGUCAAUACUCUCUCAAUGAAACUUUUGGCAUAUGCACUGGAUUAUUGGUCAAAAGGUCAACUGAAAGCAUUGUUUCUAGAACAUGAGGGAUACUUUGGAGCAGUUGGUGCACUUCUUGGGCUGCCAAAUUUCAGCUAAGCAGUCAAGCACAUCUCUCUCUGCUAAUAAAUGUCAUCCAAGAGGAACUGAAGCAAGGCAUUAUUACUGCGUUGUCACUGGGAACCAAAGGAUAAAAAAGUAGCACUAUUCCUAUUGUUUUUAAAUCUCAGAAUGGUAAGCUGCUGAAUGUUGCCAUAUUAAAAGAGAAAGCUCAGUAACAUGAAGUAUUUCUAAUCGAAAUGCUUUUCCAUCUGUAUAUAGCCCGUGUUAAAUCCUUAAAUGCAAUACAGCCUCUGAUUGUUGAGCUUCCUCUCAAAAAAGAUUUCCUAUUUAUUUUAUGUAGCCAACAUUGCAGUACUGUAUGCUCAAAAACAAAUCUUAAAGUCUCAGAAAUGUUUGUUUAGCUUAUGAAAAUAAUUGAUUCCGAAUAUUUGUUAUAAGUCUGUUUUAUGUGUGUUUUGGUUACUAGUAAGCAGACAGUAACAUAUCCCAUAUCAAAAAUUAUUGAAAUGGUAAUCAAAGAUGAUUAUUUAUGUGAUUUUAGAAAUGUUAAGGCAAUCUAAUUACUGCAGUUUUUCUAAUAUACCCUCCUCCCCAUCAAGAAAAGCAUGUUUAUGUGAUCUUUUCCCCUGAGGUACAACUCUUCUCAAAUGCCAUUAUUUAAUUGAAAUACUGUUGUUAAAUUUUAGCCUGAUUGGAGGCUUAGUUAUGGAUUUGGGAAUCUGUCUAAUAAGGUCCUAAAACUAUUCUAAUGGAAUAUGGUUUGAGUGUAUUGAUAAAGUUCUGUGCUCUUUCUUUACCGUAUUUCUCUCUAAGGCCCAAACUUAGUUGUUUCUUUUUAUUAGAUCUGAACCAUCAAAGCUAAAGAUUUUUAUUCUAUCAAAGCUAAAGAUUUUUAUUCUGUUAUGAACAAUAGCAACAAAAUCACAUUUAUUCUAAGUGGACAUUAUAGAAAUCUAAAAGAUGAGUUGUUUUGAAACUUUGUGAGCAUUUGUGAGUACUGCAAAAUUAUAAAAGAAUCAGUGUUUUGUACAUUCUGAUAAUAAGAGCAUUAUAGAUCCAAAAUUUGUAAAUCCUUUUGCCUUGGAAUUUAUUCCCUAUUUUGUAUUUAUUUUUUACAAUGUUAUAAAAUUCUUUGCAUUUUAACAUUGGCAGUAUCAUUUUGGAGGUUCAGUAGUUCAGCAAAGUUGUUCAAAUCUGUUGCUUAUGGUUUCAGAAGUAGAAAGAGUGGGUGGGUAUUUGCCUCUUUAAAUUACCAAUAAAUCUGGAUGUACUUUGAAGAACUUAAAUUGUUUACAUUACACAAAGGAAGUAUUACUAUAUGUUUUUACAGACCACAAUUUUGCUCAAAAGAGAGCAAUUUUCAGUAGAACAUCAAGAGGUGCUCAAUAAAGACAUUUCUACGUGUAGUUUUCAAAUUUUGUGCUCAGUUGUUUAAAAUUCUUUUUUUUCAACCUAAAGACAUGAACAUAUGAAUAAUAAAAGUGAGUAUUUAGGGAGGAAAGCAUGUAAAGAUAGUUUUUUAGAAUUUAGGCUAUUUGGAAAUUUGAAUUUUUGUCAUUCAGUAGCCAUUUUAACAAUUUACAGUGACUUCAUGUUUCUUGCUUUAAGUUUUUCAUUGUAAUCACUAAGUAUUUCAGCCAAAAUGCCAUUGGUUCAGUUUAUUUUUAAAGUUUCUUAUUUAGGCAUCUGUACAGGUAAGAAUCUUAUCAAAUGAUAGUAAGUACAAGUUUUAUACUUGUGGCAAAUUCUGUACAUUAGUAAUUUUAGGUUUAGGACCGUCAUUAAGGAAAAAAUGGAAUUUUGGUCGAAGUCUAUUAAUUUGAUCACUAUGGUUAAUAUGGAACUAUGAUUUAUAUAUUUAUCCUUUGAAACUAAAAUGACCUGCCUGUAAAGUGAACAGUCAUCUCACUACUAUUGCUCUUAGCUUUUCCCUUAUGUAAUUGUAAUCUAGAAUUGCUGGAGUAAUAGUAAGAACACAGAAUUGUAAUGAAGGCUGCCAAAAUUCUAAUUUUUUAUUAUGAUCUUAAGAAAUUCCCUUUAAGCAUGCUGUGGUAAAUAGGUUUGGUUCUAAUGUCAGUCAACAUAAUGCUUCUAAGCUCUAUAUUCUUGAACAGUGCUGUCUAAUAGAAAUAUAAUGUAAACUACGCGUGUAUUUUACAUUUUCUAGUUAAGUACAUUAAAAAAGUAAAAAGAAACAUAUGAUAUUUAAUUAUAUACUUUUAUCUGGUUUUGUGUGUCUGUGUGCUUAGUCUUCAAAACCAGUUUAUAUUUCCCAGCACAUCUCCAUUCUGACUAACCACAUUUCAGAUGCUCAGUAGCCACAUAUGGGUAGUGGCUGCUGUAUUGGACAGCGCAGUUCUAGAACUACCUCUUAAAAAUGAACACUAUUGUGUCCAUGAAAACAUUCUGAAUAUGGGCUUUUUAAAGAAUGAGAAGGAAAAAUUGGAACCUUAUUUUUUAAAUACAGAGGGAUAAGAAAUAGCUUAUUUGGGCUAGAUUAUUUUACACAGACAAGCUGUACUUCUGACCAUUCCAGAAAUGUCUUACAUUAGCAUCCUAUCAUCUCAUUGUAGUGUAUAUAAUUUUUCCAGUGAUACUAAUAAAGUUGCCCAAGAAUAUCCUGACAGUUCUGAACCAAUCUCCAAAACACAUAUUUCCUUCACUGGAGCUAAUUUGAUGAUUCCAGUGACUUAAUUUCUAAAAUUCAAAUUGAAUUUUGAGCAACAAAUUUAAAAGGAUUAAAAAGAGACCCUUUUAAAUUUGGUGUUGACUUCUGUACACGCAGGAGAAUCUUCUCUAUAACUUUUGGACUUAAUUUUCUUUUUUUCUUUUUUAUUUAUUUGCUGCUGGCUGGUAGGGAGAUCUGAACCCUUGACCUUGUUACCAACACCAUCCUUUAACAAAGUGAGCUAACCAGCCAGUCUGAAUCAUUUUUAAAAACUUUUUCAAAUGCAAGGGCACUGUCAAUUUGCUUUGGGACUUGGUAAACAAAUGAGAUUUAGAACUUCCCACCGCUACCACUUCUCCCCAAUAAGUGUGCAUUUUCACCAGAGAGUUUUCUAAUGGCUUUUAGUUCGAUACCCAGACUUCUCCAAAGACAAAAUAUUAGUAGACUUGCCACGUUAGUUAACAUGGCAAUUCUUUGCUCAGCUACUCUAAAUAUAUGGAAAAUUAGGUAAACUCUUUAGUUUGGGUAAAAUCAAUGCCAUUGCCAGUAAUAUACAUGAUAAUUGAAAACUCAUCAAGAGGUUCAGAUUAUUUGUCAGAUAUUAGACUCUGUAAAAAAUGCCUGAGUUUUUUAACCUUAGAGUGCACGUGUGAUUAUAAAUACCAGUUUCUAAAAGACCAUUUCUGUAAGCAGACUGGUGCAACUCAAAGUGAAAAGGUUUUCCUCUUUUU